AUGAACAGUUCAAAUACCUCUGAAAAUAUACCAAAAUUAGAUAAGAAGAACUCAAAAACGAUGACACAACAGCUAUUCCACAAGGGAAUGUUUAUGAAUCGGCCAAGAUCAAAUUCCUUUAGCGGAACAACUAAUCAAGACAAAGCGACCAUUGAUCUAUCGGAUGUAACAGUUGGGGAAUCCGAAGAUCAACAGUAUACAGAAGUGCACUAUGGAAAAAGGCUGAGAUCCAGCCCAGACGCAUCAAUACCUAGCCAAAAACAAGCAAAAUUGAAUUAUUGGGUAGCAGCACCAACAGUAUCGACAUCCAACAGUUUCAUACCGCUCGACGAUAUAGUGCAAGCACAUAAUCCUGAAACACAAGCACCAUAA